AACAAGCUGUUUAAUAGCCAGUAUAUAAUGCUAAUUAGCGACUUCUUCCAACUGUCCCCUAUUGCUGAGAAGCUAUUGUUUACCAAUAUAGCGAACCUAAAUGCUACUAAGGUGGUCGACUACAAUAUAUAUCUAGCGUUCGACUAUACUAUUGAGCUCAAGGAGGUUAUAAAAUAG